CUUAAACACAGCUGGAGCAAAGCUAUGGGCCAGAAAGGUAGUCACACCCGCAUUACCCCUGGGGACUACCAUUUUGCUACCCCAGACCCUAGGAGAGCACCCCAGCAAGGCAACACCACCAGCAGAGCUCCAGUGCAACAAGAGUCUGUGCCCAGUUCAAAACAUGUUCAGAAACCCAGAAGGUCCUCUGACUCCAACAUCCUCACAGCAGGGCCAGUGGUGUCAGUACCACCCCGCUCUUUCUCAGAUCCUAGUGACAGUCCAUAUGUGGUUGAGUCACAUAGGACUGUGCCUGCUGCUGCUGCUGUUUCUCCUGUACAGACACGUAGUCUCUUUACUGAUGAAAGUGGUAAAAGCAUGCCUGACUGCCCCCACACUUUAUCAAACCAGCUAACUAAUAGCUUACUGCAGGAAGACCCCAAAGUCAAAAGGGAAGAAAAAUGGGAUGGAGAUGCUGGAGGUCAACUGGUCAGAGAUUUCAGUCAUGAACACCUUUCUGUUGGUGACAUACCAGUAUCAGUAGCCUGUGAUGGUCAGGGCUCCGUGUUAAAGCCAGGUCAUUCUAAUCCUUAUGAAGUGUCAGGCAAUGCUAAACAACAUUCCAAUACACUGAGUGAUGUAAGAAGCCAAUCAAAUCCUCCUACUGCUAUAGAAUUAAUCCUGGCACACAAUGAUAUAGGACACCCCUUUCAGCCCAGCCCCAUUCAACCUGGUUACAAUGAAAGGACAGAGGAAGCUGGAAUGCCUACUAAAACCACCAGUGCAGAAAAUGGAAACAUAAUAAUAGGUAGCACAAUAGCACAGCCUAGUGGCUCUGGGCCUGAUUUGCUACAUGAUAAUCAGGAUAUAGAUCUUUAUACAGGUCCACCAGAGUGUGUGGGACUGACAAAGGAGGGGACGGCAGCAUCAGUUUGGUGUGGAAUACCUGUAGUGGCACAGGCUAAUGCAGAGCUCUGCAGUUUUCAUUCUAAAAAACACUCAUUGUUGAGUCCACACUGUCAGUAUCAAGAGAAUGACAUCAGCAGAACAGUUUGCUGUCAGCAUGGAGAGGACUUUGAGCGAGACAAAUUGAAGGAAUUUAAUAACUGGGUUCCUUGCACUACUGUGUGUGAGUCUAGUAAACAAAAGGGAAAAACUGGCUCUGUAGUUAACCAGGUUAAGAAUUCCUCAAAAACUUCACUAGCACCUCUCACAAAAAGCAGCGAGAAAAAUGAUGGACUGAGCCAAAGUAAGUACACUGAGAAUUUAUUGUCAUCUGAGAAAAUAAAAGGGCAGUCAGAUACUGUAAGUUUUAAUAAAACUGCUGCCGGGAGCUCAUUUCCUUCCCUUCUAAAUGGACAACAUGAGAAAUGUCUUCAAAUUGAAAGGAGUACAAAUGAUGUAAAUUUGUCUCAGCUGUCAGAGGGAGAUGGAAUUAAUGGACAUUCUUCCUCUAAAGUGAAUAACAGUCACAAUGGAAGUAAUUGUACAACCAAAUGUGAAAAUUCACCAGUAAGCUCAUAUUUUAAAAUUGACUCUACUGUAUUUUCUCACGGUCAGCUAAGUGACCCACAUGGAAAUUCAGCUGGAAGUAAAACCACAGAAAAGAUAGAAGAAAAUACAACAAGAAAAAAGGCCAUAAGAAGAAAACUAUUAGGAUCACUAGAGGAGUUAACUGAAAAAGUUGAAAUAAUUGACACUGCUCUGAAUCAAGACCUUGUACAAUAUGACUGUAGACAUGCUACUGAUGGUUUGUUAGAAGAUGGAGAAAUUAUCAUGGAUGGAAUGUUGAGUACAAUAUCCCCAGGGAUGUCUGACCCAGACAGGGGACUUAUUCUAGACCGUCAGUCCACAGGGAAGGAAUAUCGUACUGGUAUGGCUCACCUAGAACCAAGAAGACGGUCACUAGAGGUUGAGAAAGAUAGGACACACAUUCAGGGUUUAAAUCUCAGUCCAUCACCAAACUACCCUCCUGAGAAAGGGUCACAACAUAAAUAUACCACCAGACGUCAGUCACUUGAAUUAGACUGCAUGAUGCAGGGAAAGAAAAAUGGUCUGUCUUCCUCUCAUUAUGGUCUUGAAGAUAUGAGAUCUAGAACCCCUGAAGUUUACUUCCCAGAGAAAGAAAAUGUCAGUUUGUCAUCUGUCAGAAAGUUUGAAUCGGUGUCAAAUUUAAAUUUGCAAGGACACCAUGCUCAUGGCUCUUCAGUGACAAGCUUGGUGUCACCUGCGACCUCGAGUGGAUUCAUUGCAGACAAACGGGAAAUGUAUUCUGAAACUGAAGCAAUGAGAUCCACUGCUUAUGAGAUUAUUCGUCAGCAACAAAAACAGCAGCAGCAGCAGCAGCAACAUCAGCAGCAGUUAUCACAUCAUCAGCACCAACCAUCACAUCAACAACAGAAGUUGUCAUCUCAGGAGCAGCAACAUUUACAGCAAUCACAUCAUCCUCCAAAGCAGCAGCAGCAACAACAUACACCAAUUCAACAGCAGCAACCACAAUUCUCUCAGCAUCAGCAACAACAACAGCAAAAUAAGCAAUCACCACAACAACAGCACCUCAGUUCACACUAUCAUCACCACCAGUCUGUGCCAGUGGAAUCUCAUGACCAGCACUCACAAAGACAUUCACACCAUGAACCUUCCAGAGAUCAUGUACAACAUAGUCAGCAACAUCAGAAACCAACCCUUAAAGAAAAACUUAGACAGAAACAAAAGCAGCAACAACAGCAACUUCAUGCUGCUCAGCAUCGUCAAGCCUCUCACUCCAGACAAUACAUAGACCAUCAAAAUGAUCGUAUUUCUCAGAAAUCUCCAUCAAUGAUUGCUCAGAAAUCUCCAGGAAAAUCUCCAGAAAAUGUGUUUACAUUUGAGCGUAUGCCAGUCCAUGGGGCAUAUGGGUCUGUCUCACAAAAUAAAGACAACUUGAAGCAUCCAACCAGCCCUGCCCAUCAGAUCUCACAGGAACAAACUGUAACCCCUGUAGCCAAAAAAAGUGUGAGAGUCACAGAUAUAGAUAAAGUGGAAAUGAUGUUAGCACAAUAUACUCAAGAAAAAGAACGAAAAAGAGCUUUAAGUCAAGGGGAUACAGAAGACAAAUCUAUGUUGUAUGAAAAAGAGAAUUUGUCAAGGCAAAUAGAAGGCGGAUAUCUUUCCAGUGGUAGUGGUAGAAGUAAAGUUCAUGCAAGUGAAAGAGUAAUGAAGCAUGAGCAACAGAGUGUCAGCAGCAGAGCAAGUAGCGAAAGGACAGCAGAUAACAAUAAAACUCAUUCAUCCACCCAUCUUGAAAGUCAGUACCACCAAGUGCAUGAUUCACAUUACAAAACUUCUUCCUUUGGAAAUGUAGGGGAAAUGAUAGAACGGCACCCAUCAGUACACCAUAAUGGGAAGAAAAAUGGUGACACUAACCAUAGUAAUAAUGGCCAAUAUCCGCACAUCAAUGGGCUCAAUCAGAUGCAAAAUUACAGUAAUACUAGUCCAGAGAUACACAAACAGAGUGAUGCGAAGCUGAGUGAGUUGGACAGCAGUGUAGCAUCAGCUGUGACAAAUGUUGUCAACAAACGGUUGGAUCCACAAGACCGACCCAUGAUAGAUGGAACAAAAAACAGGGGGCAGGAGGCGAGGGAAAGGGCGCAACAUGCACGACCCUCUGAUGGUGCCUCUAUGGAAAGUUUUAUUGUCUGGCCAAACACAGUGCCAGAUAAACUGAACUUCAAUCAUCUGGAAAAAUUUGAAGGCCAAAUGCUAAUUCAAUGGCUGAUCUCCACAUUUGAUGAGGAGCACUACCUACACUAUUAUCUUGAGCGGCAGGACCUACGUCUGCUCGCUACACAAUUCUGUACACAUCUUCUUGCUGCUGGGGUGAUGAAACAGAUGGAAGAAAAUGUUGAUGGAACAAAGAACUUUAAGCCCCUUGAGAUGUACUAUUGGACUCAUACUGAACAGCCCAUAUAUCAGUAUGAAAUUCUUCCUGAAAAAUUGGUCCCGGUGUGGCCUCCACCCAGAGAUGAUGGAGGAGAAGAGAAACCAGGUCUCAAGUACACAGAAGCAGAAUUUCAGGCUUUGGCCAUGGGACUUAUCAAAAAACACAAAGAAGACUUAGCAUUACAAAAAAAAGAGCAUGAAGAUCAUUUGGCUCAGGAGAAAGGGGAACAGCAGCUAAACUUUGCAGAGUUUCAGCACAGGAUCAAGGCCCUUGAGCUUGAACUGGCAAGGUAUAGAGGAGAUAGUGAUGCUGGAUUUCACAGCUUAAAGGAGUCUUGGCAAGAAGGGUUCAGUCCCAAAUAUCAAGAAAGAGGGGUACAAACUGAACUAUCAGGACUCAGACUGGGUGAUGGAGGGAUUGGACAAAGGACUGAUGGUGAACACUCUGGCAGUCUCCAAACACCCACAAAUAGGAACUUAAAUAGUGAUAAUACACUUGGAAAAUCACACAGUUCUCAAAGUUCUAAUUCCUCACAAAGUGCAAUAGAACGGACUUCAGGUUUUCUACAGGAUAAUUUAAAAGAUUAUUUGAAUACAGACAAUGGUGCUAACUCUGCAGGGGCUGGUCCUCUGCCUCCCCCUCCCCCACCUCCUCCACCGCCACCACUUGCCUCCAACUUACCUCCAGUACCACCACCACCUCCGCCUCCUCCUCCACCCGGAUCCCUAGGACCACCCCCACCCCCUGGACCACCCCCUCCUCCUGGAGGGCCACCACCCCCUCCCCCAUUGUCAGGUUUUGGAGGACCACUGGCUGUGCCUAAAGGUCCAAGAAAACCAGCAGUGAAUCCUAAAUCAAAGAUGAAAGCUUUGUUCUGGAAAAGACUACAAGUACCUGAAAUUCGCAGAAUGCAAGUCCCAGCAGACAUCAAUGACGUCAAGCCUCUGUGGGAAGAUUUAAGAGAGAUUGACUUUAAUGUUGAUGAGUUUGAUACUCUCUUUUCAAAAGUGGUGAUUGCUGAAAGGAAAAAGAACAGUGAAGACCGUCCUAGGCCAAAAAGACGCCAGGUUACUAAGCUGCUUGAUUCAAAAAGGUCCCAGACACUAGGGAUAUUGAUUUCUAGUCUACACUUGGACUAUAAUGAAGUUGAAAAUGCGGUCAUGAAUUUUGAUACAUCUGUAAUAGAACUGGACACACUGCAGACUUUAUAUGAUCAAAGACCCCAGUCAGAAGAGUUAGAAAUUAUCAACAAUCAUUUGAAAACAAAAGCUGAUAUAGAUUUAGAUAGACCAGAACAAUUUCUACAUGAAGUGUCACAAAUUCCACACUUUAAUGACCGUCUCUACUGCUUCAUCUUCCAAACGACAUUCUCUGAGAGCUUAGCAAUGAUUGAGAAUAAGUUGAAUAACAUAAAGAUGACUUGUGAGUAUAUGUUACACAAUAAGAGUCUUCACCAUGUGUUUGGUCUACUUCUUGGUUUAGGAAACUACAUGAAUGGGGGCAGCAGAACAAGGGGACAAGCUGACGGAUUUGGACUGGAUAUUCUGAAUAAACUGAAAGAUGUCAAGGCUAAGGACAAUUCCAUCAAUCUGCUCCAUUACCUGGUGAAGCAGUAUGUGCACAAGUUUGAAGGGGAGAAUGCAGGCACAGACCAUGUCUUACUACCAGUGCCUGAACCCAGUGAUAUCACCCAGGCAGCUAUAGUACACUUUGAUGAUACACAGAGGGAACUGAAAAAAAUCAAACAAGACUUGGAAGCUUGUGACAAGAAAGCCCAGACUGUGAUCAAACAAUCUGAAGAGGCAAAUAAGCAGCCAUUCAAGAGUAACAUGGAGAACUUCUGCACUAGAGGUAAAAAGGAAUUAAAAGAGCAAGAGGAAAACCUUCAAGAUUGCAAGAAAAGGUUUAAACAAGUUUUGGUAUAUUUCUGCCAGCCAUUAGAAGGAAAGGAUGGCAAGCCUUUGCUGCCUAAGGAUUUCUUUGCACACUGGGUUCCCUUUUGUGGUGACUUUAAAGAUUCAUGGAAGAAAGAACAACAAGCAAUAAUUAAAGAAAGACUUCAGGAAGCAAAACGGAAGGUUGAUAAGAUCAAAAAAGAGAAAAGAGUUUCUUUAACUAAUACCAGAAAUAUUAAGGCAGGGGGACUGAAAGCCAGGUUGGCAAGUAAAGGUCUUAUCUGAACCUUGCACCAAACAAGCACAUAGAUGAUAGAGGAAGGGUGUAACUUUCAAUAAAUAGAUUGACAGACCAAGAGACAAACAGGCAAUUCUUACACCAUGUCUACAGGAGUGUGCAGUAAAACAGAGUAAGCUGAGGAAAGACCUUCCACUGAACUGGUUUGUCAAGAGAUUUGGAUUAUUUACGUGCAAUAUAUACAUAAAACGUAUAUAUAGAUAGAUAUAUACAUAUUGCUGCUGCAGGUUGUCAUAUGGAUUCAUUCUGUGAUAAUUCCUAAAACAUUUUUCAUCAAAAAGUGCUAAUGGGUAUUAUUGAUGUCAUUCUCUGAGGGUUGAUACAAGCUGUCUACUUUUCUAAUGUGACAGCGCCUUCUUGUUUUAUUUAGUGCACAAAGUAAUCACUGUCGUUUUGUAUUUUCUAGUAAUAAAUUGAUAAACAAAGCAUUUUGCCAGUUUGUCAAUCAUUAAACUCUUAUUAUGACAUCUUAUUGUUUACACCUGAAUGUUUUGUAAGAAAACUGUUAAUACUUGUAAAAUCAGGUGGUUCAUAUUAUACUUUAAUACCUACUUAUAGCUAGUCUUCGUUAAUGUCUAGCUCUUUAAUUCCAAUAACUUUGUGGAAUUGUGAAAUUAAAUUUAUGUUUAACUUU